CUUCAUGAAAUGUGAUGGUGUAUUUGAUUAUUCCGCACUCCAUCAUUACUCCGUAGUCUUGCAUAACAAUCAUGACAGCUUUAUGGGUCUAAGGCACACAGAAGACUAAAGAACAACUCUAUGUAAGAUGAAUGCUGACGACAAGUUGGAUGGCAUGCUGCUGAAGUGCAGCAGUGGAGGAAUUGAUGGAGGAGGGAGGGUCGGGCUUGUCAGUGGAGGAGGACUGGUGGUGAUGACGCUGGGGGAAAGAUCACUGGCAAACCACCCUCUAUUGGCUGAGGAUGACGACGAUGAAGACGAGGAUGAGGACUUAACCGGGAGCUCGCUGGUUACACAUGACCUGGUCCCUCCUGAGCAGCUGAUGAUGCAGGAGGAGAUGACAAAGAAUGGUGGAAGUGGAGAAGAAGAGGGAGGAGGCGAGGUGGGAGUCCAUUUCCCCCUUAAACUCACCAAUAAGUUGCCCUACUUGCUUCAUAUGCCACUGAGCAUCAAGCAGGAACUGAAGCUAUCUGACUCAGCAGGCCAGAUCAAAAAGGACAAAAAAGGAGUGAAGGACCUGAUGGUGUGUCCCAAGAAGAAAAAAAGAAAGCAGCGUUCACCAGCAAAGAUUCUCAGCAUCAAUGAUGAUGGAUCAUUGGGCAUACAAAACCCAAAGUGUCACGUCUGUGUUCACUGUAAUGCUGCAUUCAGAACCAACUACCAUCUCCAGAGGCAUGUCUUCAUUCACACUGGAGAGAAGCCCUUUCAGUGCAGCCAGUGUGAUAUGCGUUUCAUUCAGAAAUAUCUUCUCCAGAGACAUGAGAAAAUCCACACUGGUGAAAAGCCUUUCAGGUGUGAUGAGUGUGGGAUGAGGUUCAUCCAAAAGUACCACAUGGAGAGACACAAGAGGACUCAUAGUGGAGAGAAGCCCUACCAGUGUGACUACUGUCACCAGUACUUCUCCAGAACAGACCGGGUCUUAAAGCACAGACGAAUGUGUCACGAGAACAGAGAGAGGAAAACCAACAAGGCAGCUGGUAAAGUUGGACCCUUGCGGGAUGCAGAUUCAUUAGGCCUCCCCUUUCUUGCCAAAGAGUGUUCACUGCCCAAGAAAAAGCGCCAAAAGUGUGCAGAAAAGAGCUCGAGUGCUUCAACAGCCGCACACAUAGAUGGGCACUCUGUCACUGUUGCAGAAACAGAGAAGGAGGAGCAGAGACAGAAUAAAAUCGAAGCUCUACCUCUCUAUGCUGUGUCCUCCAAAGUCAAACAUGAGUAUGUGAUUGCAGACUACUCUGUGGAGCUUCCUGAAGACACAGCCAGCCAACACCAAGAGGACGAAGUGUCAUCAGAAGACGCAACUCCUCCUAAACUCGUCCUGAAGAAGGUCCAAAAGAGGAGUCUGAAACAGUCCAGUGAACAGACUCCUCCUUGCCUUUCCACUUUGUCUUCCUUUGAGGAAAAUAACAAGGUCGCACAGUACACCUUUGAAAUUGUGGACAAACAAGGCCUUUUAGAUGUAGAAAGCAACACUGAACUGGAGUCUGUUGAAGCUCUUCAAGGCCCAACAAAGCCAGCAGCCAGCAGCACGAACUACGACGACGCCAUGCAGUUCCUCAAGAAGAAACGCUAUCUUCAAGCUGCAGUGGCCAAUAACAGUCGAGAUUACAGCCUGAACGCGAGCAGCAUUUCUUCUCAGCCAGCUGUUACGCAGGCUGUGGUGUCAGCUGUCAUUGAUGAGACUGUCCCUGCCACCAUUCUGGAGCCCCAACCCAUUAACACCGAGAUUAAAGCCCCACACGACAAGAACGUGCUGCCAGAUGAGGUUCUUCAGACACUUUUGGACCACUACUCCAACAAAGCCAAUGGACAGGCUGACAUUUCCUUCAGUGUGGCCGAUACAGAGGUGACAUCAAGCAUAUCCAUUAACUCCUCGGAUGUUUCAGACAGCAGCCCUGGAGAGAGUCUUGGCCCACCCACAGCACAGGCUCAGCCGACGACGGAGAAAGUCAGCCUCUUGCAGGAAUACUCCAAGUUUCUGCAGCAAGCUCUGGAGAGGACGAGUCAAAACGACAGCUACCUGACCAGCCAAAGCCUCAGCCUGGUCUCUGAAAACCCCACCUUAGCUGGACAACCUCUGUUCUCCACUGAGAAACAAUUUCCUUCCCCAAGCAGGUUCAAAUCAGGGAUGAGCUCUCCACUAAGGUCCACAUUAGAGAAACCUCACUUUGGAUUACUGGUCGGGGACUCCCAGCACUCAUUUUCUUUUUCAGGUGACGAGACAACCCCUCCGUCUGCAGUGUCCCCAGCUGACGAGGACUUCCUGGAGCAGGUCUCACCCUCCAAAAAGACAGACUCUUCACAAGGCAUACUGCAGACAUUUCAAAUAAGCUCCUUUGAUCAGAACUUUAAAUCUCAUUUCCAGACUUCAAGAUCUGGGUCCUCCUCUCAGUUUACUGUUGCCAACGGACAAUUAAGUCUUCGAGGACACAGCACGGACUUCUCAGAGUUCCCCUUAGUCAGAGUCACUGAGACUAGGUCUCAACUGAACUCUUCCCCUGAUGUUACAUCCAGCGAAACGUUUGGCUGAAGUGAGCAGAGGAAGAAAUCAUUUCUGAUAAUAAUUUCAGCUGCACUUUAUUUCAUGUCUCCUUGUUUCUGCCAAACAAAUCCCAUUCAACUAUGUGCUCUUUCUCAUAGCAUUAUGUUAAAAAAAUUUAUUAUUUCCUUUUUUUUGUGUAACAUCACAGAAUGAAACACAAAAAUGAUUAUUAUUGAACUCCCCCUUUAAAAAUAUCUUUAUUUCUCCAGAAUGUUAAUUGAGAUUAAGUGACCAAAGUGUAAUACAGAAGAGUGAAAUAUCGUCUUAUACUAUUGCCAUAGAGUUUAUGUUUUUCAACAAGUUAGCCUUGCACAAAAAAUGAUAUAGUCAUUCUCGCUGCUUCAUGCAACAUUUCCAUUAAAACUACGAUGUAGGCCCCGUCUUAAUACACCAUUUACUGGAUCUACCUCCCUGCUGUUAAUCUGAUUAGAAGACAUUCACUCCUAGAUUUUUUCAAACUGUUAACUCCUGUUGAAUUUCCUUUUUAUGAGCUCCUUAUGAUUAUGAGCUCCAAACACCUUAUAUUUUAAGUCACUGUAGUGCACCUUAAGUAGGUGUUUCCACAUUUGAUGUGGUUUUGAAAGAUUGGGCUGAAAUUCAAUGGAUAAUAUAUUCCCUUUCUGUAUUUAAAAGCACUUUUUAACAACUAUUAAUGAAAUGCAGGCCAAGCUUUUGACUAAAGAAAGGAUGCAUUUCAAACCCCUCCAAAAAAAAAGAAAAAAUGUACUGGCUGCAGACUUGUAAUGCUUGCAGGAUAAUUCUUACUUUUUUCCUACGUAUAGAUGAGUAUCGUAGUGAAAUCACUUAAGAGGAUUGUGCUUAAUUUUUUUGCACAAUUUGCACAUUUUUUCAUCACAGGGAAUGUAGUGUGUACUUUAACAGUGGAGGCAUAUCAUAUCAUACCUUUACUGUAAAAUCAAGCUUUAUGUCAUGAAAUGAGCCCCUUUGUCUGAUUUGGAUCAUAUAAAAUUACAGAUGAUUUCCUUGCUUUUGCUGUUAAUUAUAUUGCUCUUGUAGCUACUGUUGUUUUGGUAAAUGCCCAAUUUAGGAGGAAAUGACAAUAUAAUUACAUCUCAUGGAAAUGAGGUGCUUGGUGUUUCAGAUUUCUUAGUUGCGCAUCUGUGCCUUUCUUUUUUUAUUCCAUUUUUUCUACUCAUUCCUGCAUUUCUUUUUCUUUGCCAGCAUGCAGAGGUUACUUUUUCCCACUUGCACAACAACAACAUAUAAGCUAUUCAGUCUGUACAUUAAGACCUGGAAGUUUUAUUUACCCUCCCUAUCAUACUUUAUUAUUUUGUGACUUUUUUUUUUAAAUAAAUACCUCCAAGUUAAACUCCCAAACAAUUAUCUGUUUAGAAGGAAAAGGCAGUUUCAUUGAAAUUGCUGCAAUAUCUGUACAAGUACAGAAGAAGUGUUUAAGAUGUGUUGUUUGAAGGUUUGUUACCUUUUCGUUAAGAUUUAUUAGUAAUCAACAUCUCUCCAGGUCUGAAAAUGCAAUAGAGCAGUGUAUCUUCUGUCCAUCCUCACACUGUGGAUUGUUUUCCGUGAUUGCAUAUUAUUGUGACGUCUUUUGGUGCUAUUGUGUAAAACACUGUUUGAUAUGCGCCAUCAGGUUAGGUUUUAUUAUUGAUGCUAAGCUCCCUUUUGUUACAAUUCUACUGACAAUCGGGGACAUACACCCACAUUAAUCAUCAGAUAUUUUCACGUAAAGAUCAUUCCCAAUGAUAUGUAUUAAAAUACCCUGCUGUAAAUACAUUGUAUAUUUUUAUGUUCUGAGAAGUACUGUUAGAUCUUUGUGUCAUUAGAGGGACAAGUCUUGUGCUGGAGACACUUUUUGUAAGCACAAGGCACAUUAAUUAGUUUUGCAGCAAAAAUUACAUUCAACAAUGAAACCAGAUGUGGCUUUUUGAGGUUUGUAUAUAGAUCUCAUCACUGUUUUCAGAAAACAACUGACACUUCUUUUACAGUUGAAUUAAUUGGUAAAAGUAAGUUUUUUUCUCCUUCCUGUAAGUUAAUGCAGUUGAUUGUGCAUUAAGAUGGAAUUACUGUGUACAACUGUUGGUAAUGAAAAGCCCCCAACCCCAGAAAAUGUCGUUUUGUUUGUUUUUUUAAACAAUUUUGAUGAACAGCAGUGGUCAGCUUGAAAGUUUUUGUAUGGUUGUAAUACUUCAUAAACUACCCAUUUUCUUGUAAGCAAUUACUGAAAGCACAUCGAAUCCAAUGAAUAGUUAAUCUAGGUUUUAAAUUAAGGAAAAGAUUUAAAAACUGCUCAACUGUUCAUGGAGAUUCACAAAUAACCCAAACAGCACCAGAUUUCCUUCCUUUAAAAUAACUGUUGUCAGUAACCUGGCCAUAAGUGUCCUUGUAUAAGCUAGAAAAAUAUUUGUUUUGUGUAAAAGAUCUGAAUUAUGAAUUUUUGAUAAAAACUAUUUUUGAAACAUGUCAUUUAAGGCACUGAAAUGUACAGUAUAUCAUAUGCAGUCACUAUUGCUACCCUCAUUUAUCUCCGUACAAGUCUUUUGUGUCAAGAUCUUUCAAAAGCAGAGGGAAUCCUCUUCCUCGAGUCUGAUCUUCUCCCUCGGUGAAAGCUCAGUUCGAGGUCAGACAGUAAGGUUUAUUUGCAUGGUCUCUAUCUUGUUGGGUCGAGUGAACUUGUUUUGAGAAUAAUGUGCAGCUUUAAUUGUAGCUGGUUAAUUUCAGUCAAGUAACCCAUUUGAUUAGAUUUUUGCUAUAUAUUAUGAUUUGUAAACAAUCUAAUUAAUUGUUGUUUUGAUUGUUGUGUGUCAUGUCCUUAUAAAUAAAAUG